CAAGAUGUCCUGCCAGCAGAACCAGAAGCAGUGCCAGCCUCCUCCCAAGUGCCCCUCCCCCAAGUGCCCCCCAAAGAGCACAGCACAGUGUCUGCCUGCAGCCUCCUCCUGCUGUGCUACAAGCUCUGGGGGCUGCAGUAUCCCCAGCUCUGAGGGAGGCUGCUUCCUGAGCCACCACAGGCGCAGGUCCCACAGAUGCAGGCGCAGGAGCUCCAGUUCCUGUGACCGUGGCAGUGGCCAGCAGUCUGGGGGCUCAGGCUGUGGGCACAGCUCUGGGGGCUGCUGCUGACCUGGAUCCUGAGGCUGAAGCAUGAGAAUCUGGAGGAAACAGGAGUCCCAAAGGCCAAGGGAAGCACAGCCUGCCUUGUCUUGUUGGUUCCUGGAGGCCCUUCUCUACCUGUCAGAUGCCCAGGGCCCCUAACCCCUACCCUUAAUGUAGAGUGGCAGUGCCUAUCCCUGACUCUGACCAAGAAUAAAGCUUCUA